ACACUUGACAUCUGUCUUACUGGUGCGAAGUUCCCGAGUCCCGCAGAGCGUGCCUGCCACUGUAUCGGCUGCUGUUGCCGUCUAGAUCCCUGUCAACGAUCUCUUUGACAGUUCUUCGUGGUCCGUCAUCUAAACGUCACGAAAAUCAUCCUUGAUCCCAAAAACACAAUGUAUAUGAUGCUGGGCCUUGUCGAACACAGUGUGAAACAGAUCAGUUUUCAUCAAAUUUGCCUUCUCAUUACCUGAGUAUAUCAACGCUUAACUGAACCGACGAAUAUGCCUCAAGAUCAGCAACAGCUCCUACGCAAGCACAAUGUUAUCGGAGAUGUGCUACCCUUGGCAACAACACAAUUUACGUAUGAUCUGAAAGUCCAGUUUCGAAACGCUACUCUCGAGACGCCUGGACAGGAACUUGGCCGAGAGGAGACACAGGAUGAACCGAAGAUCUUCCUGAGCCCUGCACCAAAAGAAAAACGUAGCGAUUAUGUGCUACUAGUUGUUGACCCGGACCUCCUGGAAAACAACGACCAAAAUUUCGGCCAAGUCCGCCACUGGCUCUCAACCAACAUUUCCGUGAAAGAAGAUGGCGCGCUCAAGAUCCUUUCCUGCUCCCCCAAUGACAUUUCGCCAUACAUCGGCCCCGCGCCGCUACCCAACUACGUCUCGGCCAGGCCUCAUCGCUAUGUUUUCAUUCUAGCCCGCCCGUCCUCAAACAGCACGGAACAGUUCUCCGUCACGAAGGAAGAUUUGCAGAAGCUGCAGGAACACUACAGGGCGUCGUUCAAGGGCGCACAAGAGGCGGAUGUACAGGAUUUGAAGGACCGAUGGGGCUUUAAUGCCCAAAAGUUCUUGGAGAUGAAGGGGUUGCAGGUGGAGGCUGCGACCAUGAUGUUGGUCGGUGGUACUCUGAAGAGUGCGGCUGCGAACAUGAUGAUGUCGGGGCAGGCGAUGGUUGACAAGGCUUUGGGCAGAUGAUGAAUCAACAUCUUUAUGAACUCAUUGGGCACCGGAUUGGACUCAAUCACGCUAUAUAGCAACUAUGCAGUGUAUCAAGACUACAAGGCUUUCAGAAGCUGUUGCUUCCAAAGUCUUGAUUGCUCAAGACGCGGAGACAUAUUAAACGAGUCGCGGAUCUCCCACCAGCCAUAUGAGGCGCAUCAUUACCCAGUGUGACUUUGCACUCUCGAAUCAGACGUAAAGACCCAUAUAUGCAAACAGGUCAAAGCUCGAAGAACUCAACACAGUGGCAUCCAGAGGGGCGCCCCUUAGCUCCCGUAGUCAACCC